AUGUCGAAGAAGAUCGUUCUCAAAAGCUCCGAUGGUGAAUCGUUCGAGGUCGACGAAGCGGUGGCGCUUAUGUCUCAGACGAUUAAGCACAUGAUCGAAGACGACUGCGCCGGUAACGGAAUCCCCCUUCCGAACGUCACCAGCACUAUCCUGGCGAAAGUUAUUGAGUACUGUAAGAAACACGUCGAAGCAGCCGACGAAGCUAACGCCGGAGACAAGGAUGUUUACGGUAGUAACACCGAAGACGAAGCGCUUAAGACUUGGGACGCCGAUUUUGCUAAAGUCGAGCAGCAGGCUACACUCUUCGAUCUCAUCUUGGCUGCUAACUAUCUGAACAUUGGUGGGCUUCUCGAUCUUAUGUGCAAGACUGUUGCUGAUAUGAUGAGAGGAAAAACUCCAGAGGAUAUGCGCGCUCUCUUCAACAUCAAGAACGAUUACACACCUGAGGAAGAAGCAGAGGUUCGCAGGGAGAAUGCAUGGGCUUUCGAGUGA